CAAGAUGCAUGAGCCGAAUGAGCAACACAACAAGCUCAUCAUUCUCCACUAGCCCGGGCGAGCCAUCGCUUUUGAGAAGCAUGAGCCGACGGAGCAGCACCACCCCUAUUAUGUUCUCCUACUCGAGCGCAAGAACUAAGCCCCCACCAGUGGAGAAGCAGCUUGAAUGUACCCUUGAGGAGUUGUUGCAGGGAUGCACCAAAAAGGUCAAGAUAACAAAAGAUGUCAUUACUAAUACAGGAUUGAUUGUUCAGGAAGAGGAGACACUAACGAUAAAAGUGAAACCUGGAUGGAAAAAAGGAACAAAGAUAACAUUUGAAGGAAUGGGUGAUGAGAGACCAGGAUUUCUACCAGCCGACAUCAUCUUCUCGAUUGCUGAGAAACGCCACCCCAUAUUCAAGAGAGAAGCUAAUGACUUGAUCUUAUCAGUAGAAAUUCCCUUAGUAAAAGCCCUCACCGGAUGCACCCUCUCAAUUCCACUCUUGGGAGGGGAGAAGAUGGUUUUGAGACUAGAAGAGAUCGUGUAUCCUGGCUACAUAAAGAAAAUCCCAGGCUAUGGCAUGCCUAAUCCAAUGGAUCAUGGAAAAAGAGGAGAUCUACAAGUCAAAUUUGGGAUCAAUUUCCCAACUCAAUUGAAUGAUGAACAGCGCUCUGAUGUUGUUAAUCUUCUUCAAGAUUGCUCUUGAAAUCAAAUUUGUUUUCUGUUAAUAUUUCUUUGAA